GGGCGGGGCGGCGGCGGCGCUCACAACCUGAGAGGAGCGUCUCUGCGGGAGCGGCGACCAUCGAGACCCACGCGAGGCGCGUCCCCCUCGGCCUCGCAGCGCUUCCAGGCCGCAGCGCCCGCGCCCUUUCAGCUCGCUCGCUUGCCUUCCUUCCCUGCGGCCGGCUGCGCCAUGGCGUUGGCGUUGGCGGCGCUGGCGGCGGUGGAGCCGGCCUGCGGCAGCCGAUACCAGCAGUUGCAGAAUGAAGAAGAGCCUGGGGAACCUGAACAGGCUGCAGGUGAUGCUCCACCGCCUUAUAGCAGCAUCUCUGCAGAGAGUGCAGCCUAUUUUGACUACAAAGAUGAAUCUGGGUUUCCAAAGCCCCCAUCUUAUAAUGUGGCUACAACGCUGCCCAGUUACGAUGAGGCUGAAAGAACCAAGGCUGAAGCUACCAUCCCUUUGGUCCCUGGAAGAGAUGAAGAUUUUGUGGGCCGGGAUGAUUUUGAUGAUGCUGACCAGCUGAGGAUAGGAAAUGAUGGGAUUUUCAUGUUAACUUUUUUCAUGGCAUUCCUCUUCAACUGGAUUGGGUUUUUCCUGUCUUUUUGCCUGACCACCUCAGCUGCAGGAAGGUAUGGGGCCAUCUCAGGAUUUGGUCUCUCUCUAAUUAAGUGGAUCCUGAUUGUCAGGUUUUCCACCUAUUUCCCUGGAUACUUUGAUGGUCAGUACUGGCUCUGGUGGGUGUUCCUGGUUUUAGGCUUUCUCCUGUUUCUCAGAGGAUUUAUUAAUUAUGCAAAAGUCCGGAAGAUGCCAGAAACUUUCUCAAAUCUCCCCAGGACCAGAGUUCUCUUUAUUUAUUAAAGUAUCCUUCUCUGGCAGAUGUUUUCUGGCAAAGGCCUUCCUGCAUUUAUGAAUUCUCUCUCAAGAAGCAAGAGAACACCUGCAGGAAGUGAAUCAAGAUGCAGAACACAGAGGAAUAAUCACCUGCUUUAAAAAAUAAAGUACUGUUGAAAAGAUCAUUUCUCUCUAUUUGUUCCUAGGUGUAAAAUUUUAAUAGUUAAUGCAUAAUUCUGUAAUCAUUGAAUCAUUAGUGGUUAAUGUUUGAAAAAGCUCUUGCAAUCAAGUCUGUGAUGUAUUAAUAAUGCCUUAUGUAUUGUUUGUAGUCAUUUUAAAUAGCAUGGAGCCAUGUCCCUUUAGUCAGUAGGGGGCAGUCUUGCUUUAGUCAUCCUCCAUCUCAAAGCAAAUUGGGAAUUAAAAGAUUUUAGUGUAAGAUAUGUUUAAGGCUGGCUAUUUUAAAGGGGUUUUCUCAAAAGUUAAAAAUUUUGUUAUGACUGCAUUUCUGCACAUAAUCCGUAUUUGCUGUUAAAAUUAAUCUAGAAAUUUAUUGUACUGUGUGUGAACACCUGGAAGCAAAAUUAUAGUACAAAAAUACAUUUAAGGUGUGGUCAAAAAUGUAUGUUCUUAAUUGAUAAAUAAAUAUUAAUUUUUAUGGUCUGUAUUUGAAAUUUUGCAGUACCUUAUUGUUAUGUGGUAUGUACCUAAGGAAUUCUAAAGGUGUUGUCACUGUAUAAAAUAGAAAGUGUAAGGAGAAAUGCAACUUAAUUACUAAAAUGUAAUUCUUGACACUGUAUAAUUAGAGUCCCAGAGGAUUAGGUACUAAGAGCAAAGAAAGAAUUAGCUUGGAACUUUUGAGAUGAUCCCUAACAUACUGUACUACUUGCUUUUACAAUGUGUUAGCAGAAACUGAUGCGUUAUAAAUGUAGAAUGAUGUGCUUUCUGCCCAAGUGGUAAUUCACCUUGGUUUGCUAUAUUAAAACUGUAAAUACAACAGAACAUUAAUAAAUGUCUCUUGUGUAGCACCUUUUACUGUA